ACAGGUCCUCAAUGAUGUGUUUGCGGAAAUUGAUUCCAAAAACCGUCUUGACAUUCGGGAGGAGGAGCCAGAACAAAUGGCCAUCAGAAUGCUGGGGAUGCUUCGUAUUUUGAAGUAUAAACCUCCGGAUGACAACAUGAUCAACUCAAGAACUCUUUAAUGGGCAGAUGCUACUUGAAAGAUCUCCAGAGGGCUGAUGCAUGUGACAUUCUUUAGGAUAUAAGCAUGAAGCAAAAUAGAAGGAUGGAAAGGCUACAAGGCUGCAGUCUGGAGAUCUGAGGCCUUUUUGGCUAUUCAGCAUGUGCUUACACAAGUUAUUCAUCGGUCAUCAAUAGUUUCGUUGGUCUUAAAUGGCUUUUGAGCACAGUGGACUUUGCAGUCAUUUGAUCAUUAUAGAAAAAGGGUCUUUUAUUUUUUGCUUCUUUUGGUCCUUUCAGUCUCAAUGAUCUUUCCACUGUAUUUUUAUAUAUGUGAAUAAUCAUGAUAUUAAAAGAAAUUGGCAUGUAUUUUUACUUACUAUUUGUACUGAUUACAUAAUUUCUUCCUAUUUUUAGAGGAUUAAGGCCAGUAGUUGUUGUCACAUUUGGAUUAAUGUAAUAGAUUGGUAUAAACUGUUAUGAAUCAAAUUCCUGCAUGAUUUAUGUUUAGUUCUACUUUAGCCAGUUUGAUAGGCUGAUAUUAUAUACAUUGUAAGACAAAAUACUCUUUGAGGCACUUUCUCUUCAGUUAAGAUAUAGAGAAUAAUGUGUAUAAUCAUGAUUGUUAAUUUACUGUACUUGUAUGCCUACAUUCAUUUCUUUAAUUAGCUUUAUAAAGACAGUCUUCAAGGGAAUAGCUUUUCUAUUAUCAGAAUUCCUUGGCAUUUUAUAUUUAUUAUAUACACCACUUUCAUCUAAACUUUUUUUUUUAACCAAUCUGAUCUUGUGUUCUGGGUGAAGAUUGUAAACUUUAUUAGAGUAUAUUAUAAUAAAUGUGUGUGAAUUUUACAUGAAAGAAAUCAUAUUUAUCUGAAUUAAACUUUCCAGGAGCAAUUUCCGUCAAGGACUAGUGUCAGGAAACAAACAUGUUAUCUACCCAAUUUUGUACUGGCUUCUUCAGCGAAUGGACGAGCUUAAGAAACGAGCAUAUCUGGCAAAAUAUCUGGUUAAGCUUGAUAUUCCUGCUGAGAUUCUUGGUGAUGCUGAUAUUGCUGAUAUUCAUAUUAAGUAUGAAGAUCUUAUUGAGCAAUUCAAGACCAUCCAUCGUGAAUAUGAAGGUCUCAGAAACAGUGGCUUUUCCACACAUGAACUUCGGCGAGACAUCUCAGCAAUGGAAGAGGAAAAAGAUCUUGUUACGCGAAGGAUUGAGAGAAUGAAGCAGAGGGUCGAAGGAACUCCAAACAGUGAAGACAUGCUGCAGUCAGCGAGAUCAUUGCGUAAAGAAAGGGAGAAGCAAAAGGAGAUGGCUCAGCAAGGCGUAGACCUCAAAGAUUCUACCCAGCUUCUAGAACAAAGGAUCUUACGACUUCAGAAUCAGCUGAAGGAUAUUAGAAAGGCCGGGAUGGGGACUACCCCAGAAGGUUUGCUGCAGAGGCUAGAAGAAGAUGUAAAUGUAAAUAGCUACAUAGUGAAUGACAAACUGCCUAAAGAAGUUGCUGCAAAACAGAGAAUUGUUUCUACACUUCAGAGGGUUGCAGCACAGCCAGCAAUGGGUCAACAGGAGCUGGAAGCUGUGAAUAAGCAGAUACGUGUACUAACAUCAGAGAUCAAUAACUUGAAUGAAGCUCGUAUGAAGGAGGUUGAAGAAGAUGACAGCCCUGAGAGCAAGGUUGGAAAACUGUCAUUCUUCCGACAAAAUGCAGCAAUUAUUGGACGAAAAAAGGAGCAAACAGCAGAACGAAUGAAUGAGUUGCGAAAUGAACUGGCAAAUUUGCAGGAAGACAUGAGGGACAAACAGGACCAGCUUAAGCAAUACUCAGGUGAACAGGUUCUCCGAGGAGAUGAAUUCAAACGAUAUGUAAAUAAGUUACGUGGGAAAAGCUCAGUUUAUAAGAUGAAGAGAGCAGAACUAAGUGAACUGAGAGCUGAAUUUGGUGUCCUGAGCAGGACAGAGGAAAUAUUGAAAGCCAAGGAUGCGCAAAUAAUGGAGCAACUUAGUGCUAUGGAAGCACGCAUGGGAGUAACAGGCUUCCAUGAGACCCAAGAGAACUUAGAGAAGGUGUCUUCUGUCAAAGCAGAAGUUGAUAGCCGAAAAGGGAAGACUCUCGAGGAAAUGUCUGCAAUGGUGAUGGAACUGAACCAUAAAAUUGCAGAAAGAAAGGGCCGCUUAGCUCCAAUUAUCAAAGAACUGAGACCACUGAGGCAAAAAGCUCAAGAUCUUACUGUGCAAUAUAAUGAAAAAAAGCACACCUUUGACUCAGUGGCUGCUGGGUUGGAUAGCAAUAUAGGAAAAUUGGAGCAGGAAGUCAAGACCCUACAGGAUGAAAUCAUAACAUCGCAGACUAAAUAUCAUCUGUUAUUGGCUGAACGUGAUAUCCUAGCUUAUAAACAGCAACAAGCUAGUGAUGAAAUAAAAUUAUACUUGUCAAAUGAUCCUCAGGACAAGAAAAAAUCACUCAGAGAACAGUUGAUGGGGCAUAUUAACGAACAAGAGAAGCUUGGACGUACACUGAGGGAAGAGCAGAAAGCAGUAAAAGAUUUAGUACAGAAUUCUGCUAAGCAACUUGCAAUGUGGCAGGAUGUUAUACAGUUAAUGGAGGUGAAGAAGAACUGUUUGGAAGUUGCAAGAAAUAGUUCAAAUGUUACUAGAAAUAGUGGUGGUGAAGCUUUGGUGCUGUAAAUUUUCCUGUUUAGCUUGUUUACUGUUGGUUUAUAUUAAGCUGAAGGUUAUCCCAUGUGUUUAGAUACAGAGUACAACCAGAAACAGUAGUUCAUUUUCACUUGACUUCACCUCAUAGUACUAUUUUCAGACUUUUAAUGUGCCUUUACACAUUUCACGCUAAAAAAAAUGUUAUUGGGUUGAACAUUAUUAAUGUACCAUUUUUGCAUAUUGAUAGGUUAUGAAUGUCUAAGAAAUAGUUGAUUUAAAGCGCCUUAUAAAUAGAAGCUACUAAAACCCAUGAAGACAGUGAAAAACAUGUUCUCAGUUUGUUAGUAACUGUAUAAAUACAAAGGAAAUACAGAGUCAAAUUAAAAGUAAUAUAACUUGAAUGUUAUGUCAAACAUUUGAGGAAUGUUAGAGGCAAAUCUUAACAAUGCACAUCUGUUAAAACAUCUUUAGCUUAUCUUUGUAGACUUUGCACACUGACAUUAAUGUUAUGAAUGUUAUUUCAAAUUCUUGGAUAUAUAAUGCAAAAAUAUAUAUUCUUUUAAAUAGGACAAGACUUUGUAGUAUAUCUGAAACCAGAAGUUUUAGUGUGACCUUCAUAAAGGAAGAAUAUUUAUUCAUCAUAUAUUAAUUUAAUUUUUAUGACAGAUUGCACUAAUGUAAAAAAAAAAAUUAACCAGAGCCUCUAGAGGUAGUGCAGAUUGUUCUGGGGCCAUUUUCCUGGUUGUUAUAAUACUUUUUAGUAUCUAAAUUCAAAGAUGUUUCAGCAGUUUUAAAGUCAAAGUUCUGGUGUUACUUCCCAGCUCUGUAAAAAAAUACAGCAUCUGAAACAGUUUGUGUUAAAGAAUCUUUCUAAGCAAUGUUGAUUUUCAUGUUGAAAGAAAAUAUAUACUCAUGUUUAUACUUUGACUGAUAUUAUUCCACUACAUUACUAUAUAUUGUAA